UUCCACACUCCCGGUCUUUUUUGACUCUAGAAGUACAACUUUCUGACCUCAACGGAGCACAAAUGCAGGUGGACAAUGCAUGUCUAUGACAUGUAAAAAUGGAUUCUUGCGUUAAACGUGUUUAAGCAGUGCAGCCAAAGAGAAGCGGGAAAUUAAAGAUGCGUUCUCAUCUGUCACAAUCUUAGUAACGCAGAGAUGCUCAGCGGCAGGUGAUGCGAAUGCGGGCGCGUCUUGGCUCAACUGGUCUCCAAGUGGCGCGAUCUCUCCAAGAACUUUUGAACGAUGGAGAAACAGAAUUUAUCUUUCUCUAAGAGUCGCAUUUUAAAGCAAGAACAUCGAUUUACGCGACUAUUUAAGAAGUCCUUAUGACAAUUCUUUAUUCUUUUUAUUUAGCAAUUAUUGUUUAUUACGCGAAGCAUUUUAAAUGAACAAACGUGUCGACUCUUAGGUGCAAAUCGGAUAUUUUGCUUUAUGCAAAAAAUCCCUAAAACUGCAGGGCAUUAAGUGAGAGCACUGACUGAGUUUUGCGCUUAUCGAGUUCAUCCGAAUCCCGUUGGCUCGUAUGGGACUGAGGCACUCAUCGCGGUGCCUGCUGCUGCGGAGAAAGAUGGCGGAGGCGGACAGCUCGGAGCGGCAGCAGAAGCAGCACCAACAACGCAUUUCCACCAUCCCCUCGUCUCAAUCCCUUCAACCAUCUCCACUACCAAAGCCGGUGACCUCUGUUCGCCAUGUUCCUCACCCACCACACACGCCAAAUGUCUCUUCACUAUCUGCUUGUCCAGGCCGAGGCAAAAUGGCCAAGCUGCUCAACCCAGAAGAGAUGACAUCCCGGGACUAUUACUUUGACUCCUAUGCCCACUUUGGAAUUCAUGAGGAGAUGCUGAAGGAUGAGGUCAGGACACUAACCUACAGAAACUCGAUGUAUCACAAUAAACAUAUCUUUAAAGACAAGAUUGUUCUAGACGUGGGCAGCGGAACUGGAAUCCUCUCCAUGUUCGCAGCCAAGGCCGGUGCCAAACACGUGUAUGGGAUCGAAUGCUCCAGUAUAUCAGAGUACUCUGAGAAAAUCAUCAAAUCAAAUCACUUAAACAACGUUAUUACCAUCAUUAAAGGAAAGGUGGAGGAGGCCGAACUGCCAGUGGAUAAGGUGGACAUCAUCAUUUCAGAAUGGAUGGGCUACUGUCUCUUCUAUGAGUCUAUGCUGAACACAGUCAUCUACGCCAGGGACAAAUGGCUGAAACCUGGAGGAUAUAUGUUUCCAGACAAAGCAACAUUAUAUGUCGUCGCCAUUGAGGAUCGGCAAUACAAAGACUUCAAAAUCCACUGGUGGGAGAACGUCUACGGUUUUGAUAUGACGUCCAUUCGGAAUGUGGCCAUGAUGGAACCACUGGUGGAUAUAGUGGAUCCCAAACAACUCGUGACCAACUCCUGCCUUAUUAAGGAAGUGGAUAUCUACACUGUAAAGCCUGAAGACCUGACCUUCACCUCGGCCUUCUGCCUACAGAUUCAGAGGAACGAUUAUGUUCACGCCCUCGUCACAUACUUUAACAUUGAGUUUACAAAGUGUCACAAGAAGACCGGCUUUUCAACAGCUCCGGAUGGUCCCAGCACUCACUGGAAACAGACAGUAUUUUAUCUGGAGGAUUACUUAACCGUGAGGAGAGGGGAGGAAAUCCUGGGCAGCAUCACUGUAAAGCCCAACGAAAAUAAUGAGCGUGACUUGGAUUUCACCUUCGAACUAGAUUUUAAAGGGCAGCUCUGCGACGCGGCCAUCUCCCACGACUACAAAAUGCGGUAAAGGCCGAGAUGUGAUCCUGUGUCGGGGCACGGUUUCCCACAGAUUCAGCAGAGAGACAGACUGUUACCUCACUGCCUCUGUCUGGAUGCAAGAGAACGAACCGCAGGGCCCUUCGAUGAUGUCAUCAGUGCCGGUCCAGCACUUAAAGCAAUAGCGCCAUCACUCUGUCACCCUUUGAAAAGGACAUGCAGUAUAGACUGAAAAAAAUCACUUUGAAUGUAAAUGAUAAUGAGUUUGAGAAUGUUCUAGUUUGUUUAUUGUAGUAUUAUAACAUAGAAAAGCAUCACUGAACAGUACAUUAUAUGAAGAUAAAAUAUAACACAACACUGCCUCAUAGAAUAAAAGAUUUGAGAUGUUAAAAAAAGAGCAUGGGCAACAUUUACAGUUAGAUCUACAGUAGACAGCUGUUUGUUGUUUUGAUGUUUUGCUUAUUUUAGUGCAUUUUAUAUCUUUAUUUCUUUAGUGUUGUUGAAUAACGUGACCACUGGAAUGUCUUCUAUUCUUCAUUCUUUAUUUAUUUAAUUUAUUCAUUUUUUGUUGAAGAUUUACAGAGAGCAGCUAAACUAUUUUAAAUCAUUCUUAUCUAUAGCAGGAUGUAAAAAUAAUAGUUUUAGUAAUAUUAAGAGUUUAGCUUGGCGCAUCAUUGGUUAAGUUUUCCUGUUAAACGAUUAGGUUAUCGUCACAAACAACCAGCUCAAAGCAGCAAAAUAGUUGCACUUGAAGUUGCGGAGCAAUUGAAGACAAUGAAACUGGCUUGAUGUUUACCACCAACCAGCCAAUGUUCUCGCCACAAGAGAUUUAUCAAUUGAACUGACUGUGCAAAUAUUUACUGAUUGAAAUAAACAGUUUAAGGUGAGGAAUAUUUUAGAAGAGUUGUAUGAGGCAAUGGGAAUGCUAAAUAAACAGAAAAAAAACAUA